CGAUGGCCGGCGAAGGAGACGACGUCAAGCUGCUGGGCACGGUGGUGAGCCCGUUCGCGGUCCGCGUACGCAUGGCGCUGCACCUCAAGGGCGUGAGCUACGAGGACCUGGAGCAGGACGUGUUCGACAAGGGCGACCUCCUCCUCGCCUCCAACCCGGUGCGCAAGAAGGUCCCCGUGCUCCUCCACGCCGGCAGGCCCGUCUCCGAGUCGCUCGCCAUCGUCGAGUACGUCGACGAGGUCUGGGCCGGCGCGGCCUCGCUCCUCCCCGCCGACCCCCACGGCCGCGCCGUCGCGCGCUUCUGGGCAGCCUACGUCGACGACAAGGUGGUCACCGCGAUGUUAGGCAUCCUGCGCGCGACCACCGAGGAGGAGCGGGCGGAGAGGCUCGACGCCGCGCUCGCGGCGGUCAGGCCCAUGGAGGACGCCUUUGCCGAGUGCUCUGGCGGCAAGGCCUUCUUCGCGGGCGACUCCGUCGGGUACCUCGACCUCGCGCUCGGGUGCCACCUCUUCUGGUUCGAGGCGCUGCGCGAGAUGUUCGGCGUGAUGAUCAUCGAUGCCGGCAGGACUCCGCGCCUGGCCGCCUGGGCUGGAAGGUUCGCGGAGACGGAGACGGCCAAGAAGGCGGCGUCGCCCAUUAAGAGCAUAGUGGAAUACGCCGGGAAGCUGCGGGCUAUCUGGGCUGCUAUUGCCGCGGCUGCCAAGUAAUUAAGUGGCUGGGAAGAGCUUGAUUCGGCCGGACUCGAAUUGGAUCUCCUUUAACAGUUUAACUAGUCUAAAUAUAUGUAGAUUUCAUUUUUUCUGCGGACAGAGUACGCAAUAAAAUGAGUAAAUUGCAAGAAACCACCGCAUUAAAGGCUAGGUUAGCAGAAAACACUACUAUAUAUUUUUUUUGCAGAAAACAUCAUGUCUAUCGUAA